UUGCAUAAGGAAGGCGGUAUAGCAAGUUUAAACAAUAUUUGACACGAAAUCGAAAAGUUAUUAAAGCAGCAUUCUUGAAAGCAUUCUUAAACCAUUUCCGGAUAUCUAUAAUAACGAUUAACAACUUUUUGUGUUUCGCCUAUAAUUUCAUUAACUGUUAUGUUCGCAAAAAUACAUCUGCUUACUUGAAGGAAAACUUCUAUACUUGAACCCUAAAGGUAUGGUCAGCUGUCAUACGGUGGUGCUCGGCAUUUAGCGGCCAUUUUCGACGAAUCUUCGUUUUCUGUUUACAUCGUUCAAGUUGAAGUAGCAAGUUUCGAAAAUCUUUGCUAUUUAAUAACCAAAAAUUUAACAAAUUAGCUUGAAUACUGUAUAAAAUAGUUGAAAAUGUCGCGUAGCGUUAGAGCAGAAACCCGUAGCCGAGCAAAAGAUGACAUCAAACGGGUAAUGAAUGCAGUGGAAAAAGUGAGACAUUGGGAGAAAAAAUGGGUAACUAUUGGCGAUACCACGAUGAAAAUUUACAAAUGGGUGCCAAUAUCAAAUUCAGAAAAGAAAAAAGUGAGCAGCACUAAUAAGAGUGACAAGGAAAAUUCACAGAAAGGCACGCCAACUCCACCACAAAUAACGCCCUACGCCGGUCUAACUGCGGAAGAUUCGAACACCUGUUUUUCUAUGGUGAGCGAUUCUCAAGGUGCCACCGAAUUCGUCUCUAGCAUGCCAUUUUCUGAGGACUCCAAUUCACAGGGCAGUGAGGGACCAGUGAAACGGCUAAAGACUAGUGAUUAAUCAUUUGAACCUCACUAAAUCCACUCGCAUCAGUUGCAACACACAAUCAGUCAAACUCGAAAACUAAGCAAUUUUUACGAAUGGAAAAUCAUUAACGUUAUAGAAAAAAAAGAAAAUAAUGUCUUUAACUCCAAGGGAUAUUUAACGCUAAGCAAAGCAUAAUACUUGUGCCCGGCGUAACUGCACACUGCAUAUAAAUAUACAAAAGUACUACUGCUACUAACUAUGUUUAAGCAAUUUAUAUUAAAUAAUUUUAAUUUACUUACAAAUAUGAAAUGUGCGCCUAGCUUAGUCAUCAUUAUUGUAGUAUUAAGUGGAAUACUCCUCCAACUUGUAAUUUAUGUAAUAAUCCACUUUGUCCGUGCAUUUGUGUGGAGACGAAUGGAGAAUGCGUACCAAUCUUAUUAAUAGUGUUGAUUAUAAUGAAGACAAGUCCAUUGUAUUAUUUAAUUUUUAUUUUUCCUUAGUUAAUUGUAGUGCGAGCAGACAUUUUAUUAAGGCCUGCGUAAUUUAAAUACAACAAUCAAAAAAACAAAAAAAGAAAACAAUGGCGAUAAUCGUGCACAUUGUACGGUUGACGCAAUGAGGCUGUCUGAAGGCACGUGCGUAACUUAAAAUCUAUCUAAUUCAAGUAUCUGUCAGUUAAAGAAUAUCAAUUAUUAAUUUAUUAAAGUUUGUAUUAAAGAUUUCAUUUUUGCUCUAAGAAAAAAA